GAAAAGGUAAAUAAACACAAGUGGUUGUGGAGGGAACAGGUGCUGCAGGCGCAAGGCGUUGGGCAAUAAACCUGCCUGCUAACGGACAUGGCCACCUGUGAAGCGGACUCUAAGGCGGAGGCGCCCGUAGAGAUAAGCCCCAAGUCGUAUUCCCUUCCCUUACUAGAGAACCCCCACCGGGGACUCGCUCCUCCCACCGAGGAUGGGGAGACGGUGGUCAUUCGUGGCUGCUUCAGCUACUUCCAUUACGGAUGCGACGGGCAGCAGGACGUGGGCUGGGGCUGCGGCUAUCGCACCCUGCAGUCAGCCAUAUCCUGGAUAAUUGGAAGGCGGGGCAGUAGUCAGGAGGCCCAAUGGUUUGUGCCCUCGAUUCGGGAGAUCCAAGCCAUCCUGGUUGCCAUCGGGGACAAGGGCCAACGGUUCGAAGGUUCGCGUGACUGGAUCGGCACCUUGGAGGAGUUCUACGUGAUGGACGUUCUCUACCAGGUAUCCUGUCGGAUCUUACACGCGCGUCAGCUUGACUCUCAAGAGGUGCUUGAUCAGAUACGGAGCUACUUUAAUGAGUACCAAGGCUUCAUCGCCAUGGGUGGCAUCAACGGUGACUCGGCCUCAAAGGCCAUAGUGGGCUGGCACCGGAGUGCAGCGGGAAACGUCUACCUACUGGUGGUGGAUCCCCACUUUGCCGAGCCGCCCGCCUGCCAGCAGACACUCAUCGACCGUGGCUACGUUCGCUGGAUGCCCAUAGAGGAUUUUUCCGACAGCACUUACAACCUCUGCCUCAUCCUGCAGCCCUAGACGUUGUAGCCUUUAAUCUAGCAAUAAAACCAGCUUGGCUCCCUACUUCCAUA